GGUGUUUCUGUGGAUCUGCUCUGAAAUUGACUCCAUUCCUACUGUUCAGAAGACCCAAGCCCACAACAGCAGUAGACUAACCUCAUCUGUCAUGCCUGGACAGACCUCUGCAGUAGCUAUACUCUUCCUGUCCCUGGUUGGAAUUUUAUAUGGCUAUCAAGUAAGAGAAAAAGAAUUUCCAAAAGUCAGAGGCUACCUUCAAUAUACUGCAACCGCAACAGAACAGACCAUAACCAAGCCUCCAUUACAACUGAUUAACCAAACAUUUCAUGUAACUUUAGCAGAAAGGUCCAAAGAUGAUUACAUUCAAAUGGCUGUUGAAACUUCCACCUUUGAAAACACAGCCCACCUAACAAUGAAAACAGCAAUCCCAGUAACAACAAAGAGCCUUCUACCCAUCAGCUCAGCUACCUACAACUUUGUCAGAUCUAACAACUCACAUAUAGCUUCUUCAUCUACUGAAGAUACCAUUGGCUCUGGCUCAAUUGCACAUUUACCAAUUCCUACAAUCAGAGCUAGUCUAGCCACUGUCAACCAUAUAACUGGGAGAACUACCCAACUUGGUGAUCAGACUACCCUUCUUAAAACAUUUUUCACAGCAUCACAUAAAAGCACAACCAGCCAGAGGCCAACUCUAUCCACUAAUGUCUCAGGAACAUCACCACCUACACACAAGUACAGAUCAACAACCUCACCUGUACCUCUAGUUCCUAGGCCCACUCUUUUAACUUGGGCAUCACCAGCCAAGAUUGGAACUUAUGAAGUUCUAAAUGGAAGCAGGCUCUGUAUAAAGGCAGAGAUGGGAAUAACACUGAUUGUUCAAGAAAAAGAUUUGGAUUCUGCAACCCAGAGAAACUUCAACAUUGACCCUAGCUUAACACAUGCAUUUGGGAAAUGUGGGUUCCAAAAAUCCAACCUCUUCUUGAAUUUCCAGGGUGGAUCUGUGAAUGUCACAUUUACCAAGGAUGAAAACUUAUAUUAUAUUAGUGAAGUUGGAGCCUAUUUGACCAUCUCAAAUACAGAGAAGACUUACCAAGGAAAGAAGAAUACUAUAAUGAUGUUUGAGACAGUAGUUGGGCAUUCCUUCAAGUGUGUCAGUGAGCAGAGCAUCCAGCUGUCAGCUCAGCUUCAAAUGAAAACAAUGAAUAUCCAUCUUCAGGCCUUUGAUUUUGCAGGAGACUCCUUUGGAAAUGUGGACGAGUGUUUGUCUGACUACAGAGUUGCAUUUCCUGUGGUUGCGAUCAUCAUGGUCGUCCUCUGUGUUGUGGGUCUGGGUGUCUACAAAAUCCGCCAAAGGUAUCAGUCAUCUGGAUACCAGAGAAUCUAAUUUGUGACCAAAGGAAAUGACAAUAAUAGUGUUUAGAAAAAAAAUUUCAUUAUUUCCAGAAUGUUAGAGAUAUCUUCUAUUAAAACCAAUGAGUUAUUAGUGAUUCAAAUUGAAGCAGCGUAUCAUUCUGAAUAUUUUUGCUCAUUUCAUCAAAGACUAAGAAAAUAUUGAGUAUUUUCUAGCUUUUUAUGGAAAAAUUUAACUACUCAAAUAAAUAUUUGAAUACACAGAAUUAGUAUAAUAUUUAAAGGUGGUAGAUAUUUAAAAACUAUACAUCAAAAUAAUUGAUUUUAAUUAGUCUUACCUGUGUUUGUCUAGAGAAAUGUAUUCUAACAUUAAAAUUUUUAUUUUAAGAAUAUUUUGCUGGAUUUUCUUACCAUCUGUGUUUAUUUGAUGUAUGUAUAUCUGACAUAAUACUCACCUUGUUUUUCAUUUAAAUAUCUUUAGUUAUUAAAAUAGCAUAUCUCAUAUUGUUUAGAUUUUACAUGAAAUAACAUGUUUUUUCUUUAUGAAUCUUGCUUCAUAAUUAAUAAAGAUUAACAAAUAGCUGCCUAUAGACAACAAAA